UGGAAGCCAGGUAGCUCUAUUCAUGGAGGUAAAAAGAGGAGUGGUAAAAAAAUUAUUUCAAUUUCAUAUGCCUUCAACCUUGUGUGCAACUAAUAGAACAAAAAAAAUUGUGCAUGAAACAGCCGAACUUCUCUUAUGUGGCGCUGUUGAAGGGUUAUAUUGACAUAAAUGGAGGCUAUGAGACAAUCAAUACCCAGGGGCGGGAGUCGUGCUCGAGCGAUACUGACAAUGGUCAAACAAAUGAUGGGGGUGAACCUCUGCUGCAAUUACACCAAACAAAGACUGGGGGCAUCAACGAGAACAAGAAAACAAGCCAUGAGGAUUUAUGCAUGUUGGGUGACUUUGUUGAAGACCAAGACAAUUCUCCAGUGCAAUUGGAGGAUCUGGAUGCACAAACAACAACUUUUCAUGAUAUUCUCUUGGAUCCAUGGAAGCCAACCCUCUUUGAUGAUAUUCUCUUGGAUCAGGUUGACAGAAACAAUGAAGGAACAAGAGGGGCUUUUGAGAGAGAGCAAAAUCAUACCUGGAAUCUCGACUCGCCAACAUAUGUUGAUGAUGGUUCCUCCAGAGAGUCUCGAGAGGCAGAAACAUCAACAAAUGCAUGCUGCCUGCAAGUUCCAAACAGCGAGAAUGAAAACAAUGAUAUCAAUGAAGAAACCAUAGACGAAUUUUUGGAAAAUGAAAGAUGGGCCGCAGAAGGAGGAAAUGACCGAUCAAUUGAUAGUGAGCUCAAACCUAAAACGGGGAUGCAAUUUUCCACGAGGGAAGAAGCUCAAAAGUUCUUAAACUUCUAUGCCUUUGUAGCUGGUUUCUCCAUAUCAGUCGUGUCGACUGCCCGCACAACCAGCAAAAAAAGGAAUGGAGAGGUUGUAAGGGUAACACUAAAAUGCAACAAAUAUGGGCAUAAUACAGAGACUGAGAGAGAAAACUUGAUAGUACACAGAAAAAGCACUGUCAUAGCAAAGACAGAUUGCAAAGCGCAAAUGAUAGUCGCUUUGAAAGAUGGAAGAUGGCAUAUAACUAACCUCAAUCUUGAUCAUAACCAUGAUCUCAACCCUGGAAGUAGGUUUUUUCGAUCUCAUGUUUACAUGUCUGAUGAAGAGAAAGCCUUGAUCAGAACAAUGAAAAGGUGCAACAUUCCUACAAGGAAAAUAGUGGCAGUGUUGGCAUACAUAAGAGGAGGAAUGGACAAGCUACCAUACAACAAAAGGAAAGUGGGUAACUAUGGUACAACAAUAAACAGAGAAUUGGAAAACAGUGAUGUCAUGGAAGUGCAGCAGUACUUCCAGAAGAAACAAGCUGAGAGCCCUGGAUUUUGCUACUCAAUGGAAGUAGAUGCAAAAAACAAGGUCAGGAGCGUUUUUUGGACAGAUGCUAGAUCUAGAACAAUGUACCAAGAGUAUGGGGACUGCAUCAGCUUUGACACAACAUUCCUAACCAACAAGUACAACUUGCCAUUUGCACCAUUUGUUGGUAUUUCUCCACAUGGGAAGACAUACUUGUUUGCAUGUGCUCUUAUUGUCAACGAGACUGCUAACACAUUCAAGUGGUUGUUCCAACAGUUCUUGGCAGCAAUGGGAGGGAAGGCACCAAAAUCAAUAAUUACUGACCAGGACAAAGCAAUGGAAAGCGCAAUAAAAGAUGUGUUUCCACAAGCAACACACAGAACAUGCUUGUUCCAUGUCAUGAAGAAAGCUGAAGAACAAAUGUGCAGAGUGUUUCAACUGAAUCAAGGGCUGUAUGAGGACUUUCACGACAUAGUCAAUAACUCAUUGACAGAGAAAGAAUUUGAAACACUAUGGCAAACAAUGAUUGAAACUUACAAUGUGGGUGAGGUGAAAUUUUUCCAAGACAUGUGGAAAACAAGAAAAAAGUUUGUGCCAGUGUACUUCAAGACAAAGUUUUUCCCAUUCAUCCAAACAACGGCCAGGAGUGAGGGCAAAAAUGCUUUGUUCAAGAAAGGGGUUGGUGCACAGUUCAGCAUGACAAGCUUCUUGCGAGAAUACCAGAGAAUACUAGACAACAUCCAUGCAAAUGAGGAUGAGCUCGACCAUAAUGCAACGCAUAAGAAAGUUUCCUGGAAAACAUUUACUACUAAGUAUUACAUCGAGAGACAAGCACACAAUCUGUACAACAUAAGCAUCUUUAGGAAAUUUCAAAUCAUCCUCAAUGAUGUAACAAGACUGCAAAUCAGAGAAGAGGAAAGUAUGAAGCUAUACAUGGUAUACCAGGCAAAGAAUUACUACAAACAAGAACAUAGGGCAAGGCUUUAUGUGGUGCAAGUAGAUGCUGACCGGGACAAUUACUCCUGCAUUUGUUGCAAGUUUGAAAAGGAUGGCAUUUUGUGCUGUCAUAUUCUGAAAGUGAUGUUGCAUCUUGAGGUGGAUAAGAUACCAGACAAAUACAUAAUAGACAGAUGGAGAAAGGAAGGCAAGAAAAUGAAUAAACCCAAGGCGAUUCCACUGAAAUUAGAUAAUGAUCAACUAAGGUACAAUGUCCUAGGGGAGAUGAAGUGGAUGAGCAAGGAGAGCAAACAGAGGAGUGCAGCAAGUCCAACAGGACAAUAG